AUGUCAUCAAGUGAUCUACUUAGUAGUACACUUAAUUGGCCAGGAAAAGGUUUAUAUGGACUCAAAAGUAGUGUUCUUCAAACAACUGAAAAUAAUCUUGUCAAACAAAACAUCGUUUCAGAUCAUAUGAGAAAUCAUUAUCGUCGAUUACAUAGCGCACGAUCUGCAGUCGAUUCUAAACCACCGAAAGCUAUGAUAUUAGGUCAAAAAUGUCGAGAUCGAGCUCGAAAAGAAAUGGCACAAAUGGCAUAUACACAAAAUAUACUUGGUCAAUUUUCAAAUGAAAAUCAACAAGAAACAUCACGUACAAGAGCAAGCCAAAGUGCACGUUCACGUCGUAUUGUACAAUCACAACCAACAACAUCUCGUGCACGUUCACGAAGUAUUGAGUCAUCUCGUAUGAUGACACGUUCUUUAACAAUGAACAGUUCAAUGCAAAAUAUUAAUCAAAAUAAUCCUAAUCAAAGUGAUAUUGCAAAUAAAUUAUUCGGCAAUGGUGUUAUAUCUCAAGCAUUGACUGCUAUGGCUGCUUUAGGUAAAAUGACAUCGACAGCACGCAAUAAAAGUAGUGCUGAUGUUCUUGAUAAGCAUCCAGAUUCGUUUUCUCAACCAAACCCAAUUGAACAUCAACCACGCUUAGUUAAACGUGAUGGUUCAUCAUUUUUACGAGAUAAUCGUGCAUAUUAUAAUCCACCAAGAAAAACAAAAUCUCAAACAACUAAGCAACAAUUAAAUACGCAAGAAAUUAUUUUUGAUGAAAAUAAACAAAAAGAAGAUGAACAAUUAGCACUUAGAGAACAAUUAAAUAAAAGUCUUGAACUUCGACAAAAUGUAGAAAAAAAAAUCAAAAAAGCUAAAGCAACAGCAAUGACAAAUCCAGCAAUAAGAAAACAAUCUGAUGCAGUAUUGAAAGGAUUUGGUUUGACCGAACAUGAACGUUUACAAUAUGUACGAUUUAUGCAAGAAAUAACUGAUGCAAUUAUACGAAAUAAUUUAACUACAGAAUCUGCUAUUGAAAAAUUAUUUGAAAUACAUAUUGAUCGUAAUCGAGGAAAACUUAAUGAAAAUCGUUUACGUGAUCUUUUAGAAGCAUUAAAAGAUGAUCUUGGUGUUCAAACAUCUCGAAAAAUCGAUACAUAUUCUUCAGUUAAUAAAGCUACUAAUUAUGACAAUGAACCACUUCCAUCGCAAACACCUAUUACAACACGAGAAGAUUCAUUAAUAUUAACUCCAAAAACUCCAUAUGAUGAUAAACGACGUUCAUCUUAUGAUAUUAAUGCUUUAUUACCUUGGGAAUCAGAAAAUAAUAUUGAUAAACAACCAAUAAUAGCACAACGUAUUACAGAAAAAUCACAAAUAAAUACUUUAAAUAAUAAUUAUAAACAAAAUCCAUUAAAUGAUGAUUAUUUAUUUUCUCCUUCAUCAACAAAUAUUAAACCAAAACCACGUUUAUCACUUCAAACAAAUACUAAUGAUCAUCAUCAAUUACAUGAUCUUCCAAAUACACAAACAACUGAAUCGGAAUCAACUAUUCCAAUGAAUUUCAAUGAAACAUUUCAAAAACCUAUGAAUGAUUUACAUGAUGUUGAUUGGCUUGUAGAUUCACAACCAGUUAAAACAACAAAUCAAAAAAGUUUAUCAUAUGAUAUUGAAGAACAGCAUAUCGAAGAAGAAGAAGAAGAAGUAGUUAGUGAUCAUGAACGACGAAGUCCAUCACCUGAGCUACACAAUCGUCCAGAAUUGAAUACAUAUGGUAGCAAUGAUUUUGAAGAAAAUGACAAUGAAAUUGACAAUUCCGAACCAUAA